CACAAAUCUCAAUAUCCAAGGCCAGAUUCUCCAAGAAAGGCCGCGGAUUGUUGAGGGGGUUCGUGAGAAACGAAUGCGCCAGACUCGAAAUCAUGCCUUCCCACCGUUCUUCACGAAAAAGCUCAAAGCAGGGAAACAGUGAUUACUACCCAACCAGGUGGAGUGAUUGGGAGUGGACUGCUGAACAUAAAUGCCAUGUGAGAUAUCGCUUGGACAGAAAUGGAGAGUAUGAGUUUGAAUACGAACCAGCUCGAGAUGAAGCUAUUCCCAACACAGACUACCCCAUCGAAGAAGCGCAAAUAUCGCAACUGUACGGCGAGAUCGAACACAAAGAAACCCAGGCGAUUGACCAAGAAACGAUUCAUAAUACUGUUCAGGUUGAUGGGUGCGAAAGGGGCAGCAAGAUGACUCGAUCGCAGACGCAGGAGUACGGUUCUGGGGAAUCUUCGAAGGAAUAUGAAGAACUUGAUAGUAGAUUUACAGUUCACGCCCCAACCAAAUUUACAUUUGGUCGGGUCUUCAAGGUCCUUUGGUCUGAACCCGUAGCAUCAAAAGGCACGGAAAUCACGGCCUCAGCUAUCACAGAUUCCCUAGCUUAUCACAAAAUCCGACGGUUUGUGAUCAUUAAGGCUGGAGACAGGCACGCACUUUGCUUACCGAUUCAGACAUACUCGGAUAAAGGCGCCAACAAGCGCGGGAUUAAGUUAGACAACCAUGGGUUCAUUUACUCGAAGACAAGCAAAGAGAGGUGGAAAAGCGCUAGAGAAUCGAAAGACAAUAUGGGGGUGAGAACGAAGCAUCAAGAUGAGUAUAUGCUUUCCGAACACGAUGCCGAGUCCCGCGUAAACUACGCAAAAACCUAUACUAUUGAGCACAUUGUCAAAGUUUGUUUCAUUGGGCGCGUUGACAAGGGAAAUAUGGAAAGACUACUUUGCGGGGAUCCAGCAUGGGAACGAUCAGAUACAGGAGAGGAUAUCCCCAUCAUCAUGGAAGAUCAAGUCUAUCCAAGCUUCGGUAGCCAUUGCCUCCGCUUCCAGCUUCUCAACAAGCAUGCAAUUUCGAAUAAGACCAUGGCUUUGUUGGGAUUAUCAUCUGGACUUCUGAUGAGUAGUAGUUUCGUGUGGUUGAACAAGAGGAUGGAACUGUACGAACCAAGCGAAGCAAUGAACAAGACUGCGAACUGUGCUAAUUUUCAUCCCCAAUUUGGUCGACUGUCAUCUACGAUUCCUAACGAGAUAAUCUUUUUCUCCUUCCUCCUUGGGGCUGCAGGUCUCACAGGUACUAUCAUCGCGGGGACGGGGAGGUCACAAAACCAGGCUGGACUCAUCUUCGGCUUGGCACUAGCUGGAACCGUUGUUUCGUCCAUACUUGGGUUCAGCGCAGAAGAGAUGAUCCUGGUUUGCCUCCCGCUCAUCCUUGGCUUUUCGAUCCUUUGUGGCUCGAUGCUUCAAGGCAAGAAAGUUGAGCUAGCUGAAAGGGACGAGAAAGCGGGAAUGAUCAGUGAGGUAUGAGAUGAUUGCGCUUGCGCUGGUUCAUGACAUGAUUUACGAUAUUUUUCAAACAUUUCCUGCAUGUUGAGCUGCGAUAUCUCGACAGAAAGCGAUGGCAUCGUUCCCUUACCUUUCUCGUGUUUUAUUUUUAAGGCGUUUGGGACAAUGGAGGAACAGUGUUGAUAUAGACUGGAAAUUAAAUAUCUUGAUAGCUG